GCUACGCAGCGCCACGCUUACGGGGCGCGCGCGAGCGCGCGCGCGCGGACGCACCUGUUCGCGAGGGUAGACAGGUGCGAGCGUGAACGCACCCCGAACGGAUCGGUGCCGCCGAGACUGGAUCAGACGCUGCCGCCGCCGUUGGGACUCUUCGCCGCCGCCGUCGCGUGCGACCAGGACGGGAGGAGGGAGCAACCGCAUCAGCUGACGGAGCGGCGUGGCGCUCGCCCGUCGAAUCCGCGACCACAAGUGACACUGGUUUCUCUGUUCCCGUGGCCGUGAUUCUCCAACGUUUCGACGUCGACGCGACCGACAAGGACUCCUCGGUCGCCGCUGCAUCUUUGGAUUUGCGCUUGACCGUUCGAAAGUGAAUAGUGCCUUCUCGCUCGAACCGUGUGUUUCGGUUUCGGAUCUCCUCAUGAGGCAUCGGCGACGUCCGGCGAGCGGAUUGCGCGGCGCGGUUGUGCGGUAGCCCUUGUGAUCCGUUGAGUACAGAGUCCUGCCCAGCACCUCCGGCAACGUGCCCUCAACACGAGCUCUUCUGGUUGCGGCCUAUCGCCCAUGCCUCUGGGACCGUAGAACGCGCGUGUCCCGUUGCCCGCCCUAAAGCGAGCGCGCGGAGUGUUCCUUAGACGUCUUCCUAUCUGUGUGUUGUGUGUCUCGCCGACGACGGUGUGGUGACAAGUGCAGCCGCGAGAUGCUCGCCGGAACUCAGACGACCUGGGGCUGCCCGCCGGUGCACUUGAUGGGUCUCGGUGACGGACCCAGGGCUGCCGACAUGGCUGACUUCCAGGACGUCUGGCAAGAUAUCGAGAGCGUGCUCCUGGACGACAUCAGCGGAGCGAGGCACGCAGCGUCGGGCGUCAAGGCAGAACCGGAGACGCAAGCCUGUCACGACGUCGGCUACGGCUACAAGACCACCGCGGUCCGCAGAGACCAAUCGGCGUCCGUCCUGCCAGCCAACAGCGCCAUCCUGGUCGCCGCACUGACGGCGCCCGUUCCGAGCCGGCCCCCACCAUCGCUACAGCAGCAACUAAGCGUCGCGCCGACCACGCAGCCACCGCAAGACCCACCGCAGGCGAGGCAACAGUCACCAUCCGACGACCAGAGCGUCCAGCCACCGAACGCGUCGGCGUCCACAACGGGCUUCGUCACGCUAGACUUCGACUUCAUGCUAAACUCGGACGACGCCGCCCUGUACCCCGAGGUUAACUCGUACGAGACCGAAAGCGAGCUCAAGCCGCAGCACGAGCAACAGCAGCAGCAGGAGCAGCAACAGAGGCAAGACCAGCCCGAGCACCACCAACAGCAGCAGUUCGGGAGCAGCGUGGCCCCGACGAACAACGCAGCGUCCAUAGACCACCUAACGUACCAGCAGUCCGCUCAGACAAUGAAAGCCGAGGCCGCGGCAAAUCCCUUCGACGUCUCCAUGCUCUCGGGCUCCCAGUACACGUCACUGUGGGCAAACUACCAAAGCGCGAACCCGCUGCAGACCCCACCGUCGAGCCAAAUGUCGCCGCCGGCAUCUCCGGACCACUCGCAGCUGGGCCAGCCUCAGCACAUGGGCGCUCACUUGGACGGCAACGGCCAGUACCAGGCCAGCCUGCCCUCGAUGCACUCGAUGUCCAUGAAGGCCGAGGACAUCCUUACCCAGUGUCUUCAGCAGCCGCCCCAGCAGCACCACGGCAAGCAGCAGACGCCCCCGCACUUACGAAUGGUCACUCCGCCCUCCUCCCCGAGGUUAGCGGACCUCCUCAGCGCCGGCACCACGAUGGGACCUCCGAAUCCAUUCCCGGCGACCCCGCUCACGCCCGACAUCCACAUGUCCGACCCGUUUUGCCGGUCUUCGCCACUCGCCGGCCCCAACGGCAAGAAGUCCCACCAGCAACACCAGCAGCAGCAACAGAACCAACAGCAGCAACGGGCCGCGGUGAGCCGAAAGAAGGUGACCAUCCACACCUGCUCGCACCCGGGCUGCAGCAAGAGCUACACGAAGAGCUCGCACCUCAAGGCCCACCUGCGGACGCACACGGGCGAGAAGCCGUACCAGUGCAACUGGAAAGAGUGCGGCUGGAAGUUCGCCCGCUCCGACGAGCUCACGAGGCACUACCGCAAGCACACCGGCGACCGGCCGUUCCAGUGCCGGCUCUGCGAACGCGCCUUCUCGCGCUCCGACCACCUAUCGCUGCACAUGAAGCGGCAUACGUCGCUGUGAGCCCAUCUUCAAACCACCUUACCGCCGCGCCUUCCUCGCGGUUUGUCACCACCCACUCCAGGCGAACAAACCGAUUCCUUGUUGUUAAGUUUGCUCCGAGAGACUCGGAUUGUGCGACGUCUCCUCCCCUACGACGCGAGCAGUUGCUGAAUGCUUCCUGUUCCAGUGCUCCCGUUGCUAAUGUACUCCACGGUGCUGAUCAAGCUCCCACGCCACCGCACUCCCCGCGACAGCACCUGGACUGAUGUGUCGUGGCAAUCCCUUGUUUUACCUGACGCUCCCCACACGUUCAAGAGUGUGUGACCCGCUUGGCCUCGACCGAGCUGACAGACACUUCUUCAGUGCCUGUGCGCCACCGCGCAUGCGCCAUGGCGCGUGAAUUGUGCUGCUCGCGCGCGCAUGUAGCUCACGUGACGGUGAAUGACGUUGACUAGCACAAAGCGCCUCGACGGGAAGCACUUCGUGCAUAGAGAUUCAAUAGCGUGUUGUGUACUUUGUCUCACUUAGCUGCGGACGUCCAAUUCGUCCACUUUUCUUUUUUCUGUUCGUGAGUUGCGCGGGCCCUUUGUAGGAGAGCCAAUGUUGUUCAGUGUGCAAUAGUGUUCGACUUAAUCUCGUCUUAGAAAUGUGUGCGUGUUAAAGCCAGUCGGCAAGUGCUGUGUAUUUGUUAGUUUUUUAGAGAUGUUACGCUGUACGGGACCAAUGAUAGAAGGCUGUAGUACACAACGUCAAGCGCCUAUUGCUGGACGAGUUAAAUGAAGGAAAAAGAAAAACGAAACUCGCAGCAGGCAAGGUUGCCUCCUCCACACCUCGGUUAAAAACAGCCACGAGUCUGGAGCAUGCAACCAUGCUUACAGGCAGCGAUGGAAUGUGCAAAAGUGGAGACCAGCAGGAGUUUCGGCUAUAACUUAGCAUGAAUACGCAGAAUGAUCGCGAUUCAAAACGACCAAGCUUGGCUUAUUUAUGCAUGCGCUUCGAUGUGCCUUAGAUAAAAAUAACUAAACAAAUCCACCUGCAUUCAGGUGCAAUAGAACGCGGUAUGCAUAGUGAAGCGUUAUACGCUAUAUUUACAUGUGCUUCAUGUGGACGUGCUUGUGACGUAAAUUCGUGCGCGUUAAGCUUGUAAUGUGCAAUAACUGAUACAAAAGUGAUCGUAACUUAGCUUGAGCUUCCUCUGAGCACACACACACACCCCUUCCAAGAAAAACAGAAAAAAAGAAGGCCUUCAUUGUAGAGCACAGCAACAUGCUGCGUGCUUGACAGGAACUACAUUAAGAAGUAAGUGGUCAACAGCAUAUCCCGUGAACAAUAUACAUUGUACAGUUCACUCACGUUCAAUGAAGUCAGCAGAUAAUGUUAGCCGUUAUCGGACAGUAUUCUUAGGGUAAUGAAGCAAGUUGUCAUUAGGCUGCGUUCUUGAAGACGUGCGAAUCUGCUCAACAAAUCUCAAAACACCGUUGAAAAUAUGCGGAGAUUAUUACCAUCGCGGAGUCAAGAUUGGACUUUACAUAUCGAGAGCAGACAUAAAUGGAACAUGACCCUGAUUCUACAAUCAAAACAGAAACACAUCAGUUGUUGACGCUUAGUAGCCGCAAGAAAGCUUUGUACAUAAACCAUAGUGCAGUUGUUAAUAUAUAUUUUGUUUGUUAUUUCGUUUUUCUGAUUGCGUCAGUUUACGUUGAUGGAAGACUUAAUGUGGAUAUCUUGCAUAUACACACAGCAUCUGUUCGUUUUCUUGCUAUCUUUUUUUUUAUCAGAGAGUUUACGUUUUGUUUAAGCCGGCCACAGUGAGAAAAAGACUGCAAGAGUUAGGUCACGCUUCUUAAGUGACACUCCACAAAUGUGGAAAGGCCGCCUAGGCUAUCACACACGCAAACACACACAUACGUACACAAACCAAGGCAAUGUUUCUGUAUGUCUUCUGCGAGUAUAUGCAGGCGCCUUCUGAAGGCUGCGAGGGUUUUCCUUCCAAGCACAGCGUUUCCAUAGAGCAGCCACUUUUAAUAACGUUCGCAUUAUACCAAAUACAGAACGCCCUCACUUUGAGGUCAAUAUUGGGACACUGUCUAUCAAAGCUAUCAGAACCAAGAUUACAAAGUAGUCGGGCGUUUCGAUGACGGCUCUAGCAGCUUGCACGCAGAUCAGUAUUUUCUUUAUUUUUUCUUAAUGAUUGCAGACACAGCAGAUUACUGUUACGCAAUGUAGAAACGUGAAAGAUUUCGAUGCGUGUUGGGACCACUACUUUAUGUGAUAACGUUAUCAGAAUUAUCAGUGGCGUUUGUGAGAAGCAAAGCGAAGUUUAUAUAAUGCGAAACACAGAAUAGGAAUAAAGUUUUAUCAAAAGCACUUCCAAUCGAGACGCUGACACAUGGGCUUCAGCUUGAUGGUCACGUGUCCCUUAUUCAUUGCCUCAACUUCCCACUGUUCCAACAUGAAAGGCAGAAAGGUCAUCUAACGUGUCGUGGUUCGAAACACAAGAAGUGCUCCCUCAAUAUCAUCCGGAAAAAAAAAUAUCAGCUGCCUUACUUUGCUCGAAUGCGAGGACUCAAUCAGUGCAUCACCGGAACGCAAACAGCAUGUUAAAAUAAGCACGCACUUAUAUUGCCUUAUUGAUAACCAUGUGCCCUUCUUUUCCUCUGUACGGCAGGUGCCUUAAGACUUCGCUUACAUACAAAUAAAAAUAUGCCUUAAACGCUGCCGCAUACAAUUUGCGCAGAAAAAGCACAAAGUUUUACUUAAGAAGGAAAGUGAUAGGUGUCCAUUUCUAUUGGAAUUGUAUCCACACGCAAUUAAACAGCACACGUUGGCCAAGGUACGAGGUGUCACUGUAGAUAUAUGUCUGGGCGCGUUAUACUUCACGAAACUGUCUCGCGGCUGAGAUGAUACCCGCGGAUAUUGAGACGAAGCGUAGGUGAAUCCGAAGUCCUCCACCCGACAUGGUCGCGGUUUCGUUGCGACGCUAAAUUGAAGUGUUAAGAUAACAUAAAAUUGGCUGAUAACACGUAUCGGAUGCCAGGCAGGCUAUUAUAGCCUUACCGCGACUGGAAGCCAGAAAGGACGCGAGAAAAAAUUACCGGUCCUGACGUCGAGUCAAUCUACCUGUUAAAUGACCGAUUUCGAAAGCGUGCUCUGCUCGCAACUGCUGAUACGCUUUCUCAACAAGUGAUAAUUACAACCGCAGCCUCGAGUUAUGGUGGAUUCUUUAUUACCGCACAAAAGAAAAUUUAACACAUAUGUGAUAGUACCGCGAUAGCGGUGUCGUCAAAAUAACGCAGUCCGGGCCCUACGCUUAGGAGUGAAAUUCGGGAAAACGAUACCUGACCAUUUAGUAGUUUAAUUGCUACAACUUUCCGCUAAAAGAAAGCUAAUAGAAUGCUGAAGCUUCACAACUCUUUUAAGUGGAUUAAGCUUUACCGCUAAGUGUCCUUUUAAUGCGGAUGCAGUGGGCGUUGUGUUCUUUUUUAUUGCAUUUCUCUUCGUGCGAUCAUUCUACAAAUGUGACACGGCAUCGAUUUGGCGUCAUGGAGGCACUGACGUCACUUCCUCUGACGCCAGCAGUGUCCUAAGUUUCCUGCGCGCUGCGCUCUCGCUUUGCACCUGAUGUAUCUGUGACGGAGUGUGGGGCUUAGGUGACGUUGUUUAUGUUAUGCUGCGCCGCCAUCAUUCCUGCCAUUUUCAAGCUAGUCGGCUGGUCGUCGUUACAAUGUUGAUGAAGAAAAAAAAAAGAGAGAGAGACAUCUAUAUAUACAUAUAUUAUACUUAUAAUUGCAUCUAAUACUAGCAUACAUGCCGACAUGCUCUUCAAAGUGUUCCUCGGGUUCAAAGUGUUCGUGCGCCUUGAAUAUACAAAAUCGCCUGUAAGGUUAUGCAAGUUUGAAAGGCACAAAAUCCAGAAAUGCCACUGGGACUUUAAUGUAUGAGACUUUUUGCAACGCAACGGGGUACAUCGCAACACCAAAGUGAUUACAGAGUACGUAGUGUAACGCAUACGCGAUACGGAGAAAGCCUAUACAUGCGUUAAGCCGAGUACGCGACUGAUGACGCAGGUGGGACAAAAUUUCCCCGAUAAGCAGCUCCCAGGCGAGCACAUUAAUAAACGAGUGUUCAAGGCAUACGCAGCACUUUGACGAAACGCGAGUUUUGGAGCAGUUUUAUUUUAUGUGUGUGCGUUCGGCAUACGCGAUGUUCUCUGCAUGGUCACGCAUCAAAAUACAUGUCAAAGAUGGAGAGAGAAAAAAAAAUUAUGUAUUUCAUAUACGAUGUCGAGUUAUAUACAUAUCUAUAUACAUAUACCCAGACACAAAACACAAAUGCUCUACAUAUGUGCACAGUCGUAAGCACUAAAGCUGUCCUGUUCCUGCCGGCAAAGCGCCUUCGAAAAUACGAAACUCUUAAACAACGGCCACACUUAUUACGUAUUGAGCUUUUGAAGCGAUGCGCCAACAAAAAGGACGUUGUGAAACAGCGCUCGCGCGGGCCGGGGUUGAGUAAUUGAGGGGGAAAAAACGAAGAAUCAGGCGUCGCGACUCGCAAUUUCGCGAAAUGCUUGCAAACAUUGGCUUUGAAACAGAUGCCGCAUUAACCAUGCAACACAUAACGCCCCUUAACCUUCGUGAAGUAGCGACACUCUCCUCCUCCGCCUGCACUCCUCCUCGUUUCUCCUCUCUUUCACGCUCCCUCCUCGACCGUGGCGCCGCCUACACUGCUCGAGCGUAGCAACGGCGCCAACAUGCGCUCCUCGCCACUCCGUAGACGCUUCUCGAGCAAAAAUGGCGCUGAUGCACGGCGCGAGGGCCCACGUGAUGCUAUUAGGCCAAUAGCGACGCGGCGUCGGCCUCGGCCGGAGCGCGCGAGGAGGAGGCGCCACUCUUCAAAGCGUGACACUACUUUACGAAGUUUAAGGGGUUUUAGCAACACAUGGAGAGCUAGCUCUGCGUGUGUAGCGAGGUCAGACUGCGCUAUCUGGCGGCAAGUUUGCUAUACCGACUUGCCCAAUCUUCGACAAUACCUGAAGGUGCGGUCUUGGGUAACUUCUCGCUCGUUCCUGCGAAGUGUACGUGGAAGCGAGUAUUGGACAUCGUCACGUCGCACCCAUCGUCGUAGACGGCGAAGGUACCGCUGCGACAGUUUUCGCCGAUGAUUCUGGCAAAACAGUUGCACUUCUACAGGGUGCGGCGUGACGAUAUAGAGUCGUUUCGGAAACCUCAAUUUGGGAAUAUAAGCACUGAUCCAUGAGUGGAUAGAUGUAAAGAAAACAACAACAAUAAAACAGAAAAGGAAUCAGAGCGUGAAAUAAGUACAGUGUGACGCCUGCAGAUGCUGCAUUGUUAACUUUAAGUUGGCCUUACCGAAGCAACGUUGUUUCUGUUUGUAUUUCUUUUUUUCAACGCGCGUUGUGAGCUCUGAAAGAGCGAGCGUAUGAGUGAAAGUUGUCGAUAGAAAUGCGGUGUAAUAAAGCGACAAUGUAGUUGUUUGAUA